AUGAGCAACACCGAGGUAAAGGUCGAAAAGAACUCGGACAUGACCAAUUCCUCGUCUCCCGCCGCCGCCGCAUCCACUGCGGGUGGUGCUGCGACUGCUGCCGCUGCCGCUGCUCCUGCGGCUGCCGCCAACAGCUCCAGCAGCAACACUGCUCCUGCUCCGGCUACCGAAGAUAGUGCAGCGGCUUCUACUAUUACCGUCAAUACGAAGACGCCUGCCAAUUUUCCUCCCCCCAAAACCGAUAAGCCUCGCCCGCAUGUGUGCGCGACUUGUCAGCGCUCAUUCGCCCGAUUGGAGCAUCUGAAACGCCAUGAGCGCUCCCACACCAAGGAGAAGCCCUUCGAGUGCCCCGAAUGCACAAGAUGUUUUGCUCGUCGCGAUCUGCUGCUGAGACACCAGCAGAAGCUGCACCAGACGACCACUCCUUCUUCCCGCCCUCGUAAUCGCCGCGAGAGCGCAAGUGGCGCUGCGCCUGGUGCCAGUCGCGCUCGCAAGAACAGCGUCGCAGGCACCAAUGCCGCUGCCGCUGCGAAUGCCGCUGCUUCCAUGCGCCCGAGGGCCAACACCAUCAGUCAUGUCGACCAAAACGCCAUGCAAAUGAUCGCGGCCGCCAAUGCCCAGGUAGCCCGGGGCAUGCCGCCCGGUACACACAGCCGUCACCCUAGUCUUGCCGGCCUGCCCGUGCACAACAUGGACUUUGGCGGCAUGUCAGCUGUCAUGGGCCAGCGCGGCAUGUCUCACGGUUUGGCAAAGCUUGAUACGCACAGCAUCAACCACAUGGACUUCAGCGGUCUGCGAACUGCUCCUCCCGUUGCCGCUUACAACCCGGACUUCGACUUCGAGGGGCUGUUGUUCGGACCGGGCUCCACCAUCAACCCUAAUGCUCUCCACUACAACGACUCGCCCCAGUCCAUGGCCUUGGAUCAGGCUUCGCCCUUCCACAGUCUCACCAAUGACAUGUCGUCCACCCAGCUGGACGACAGCUUUGACUGGCUGACCGGCUUCGAGAACCAAAUGUCGUUCCACGGCGCUGAAAAUGCUGUAGACGGAUCCAGCCCGUCCGCCAUCAGCACCACCAGCCAGAGCGGCAUCAGCGACGUUAUGGUCGACGGCUCUAACCACCACCCCCCUGCCGGCACCAGCUCCAUGUGGCAGCCGGGUCUUAUGGGUCCGCCCCAGGUCCCGAACCCUUUCGCCAUGGAUCUCAAUGGCUCCGUCUUCCCGGACCUCAUGAGCGGCGCUCCCGUCUCUCCCCAACCCGCCGCUCAAAAACUCAGUGAUGCCUACUUCUCGACCCCGCCUCCUUCCCUAAGCUCUAUGAGUCCUUCAAUGGUUGCCGGUUUGAACAACACCCAAAACCUCAACCACGCAGCCCUCAACUUCAACAACAAUGCAGGACCCGAGACGCCCUCGUCUCUCAGUGGCGGAAACCACGGCGUGUCGCCCGUCUCCACCAUCACGGAAACUACCCGGAGUACCAUUGUCGGGGCUCUCUCGCAGUGCUCUCCUUUUGGGGGACGGAGAUACUCUUUCGCGACCCCGAGCUCGCCGCUGUCGCCAGGCUUUCAGAACACUGCCAACAGUGUUUCAGACCAUGUAAAGAAUUUACCUAGCACUCAAGACUUACAACGAUAUGUUGGCGCUUAUCUUCGUUACUUCCACCCACAUCUGCCGUUCUUGCACAUUCCCACUUUGACCUUUGAGAUGCCGCCCUCUGCUGCCAACCGAUCCAACACCAUCGGUGGGAGUGGGUGUCUCAUCCUUUCCAUGUCUGCCAUCGGAGCCUUGUACGAAAUGGACCACGUCCAGUCUCGGGAACUUUUUGAGAUGGCCAAGAAAAUGAUCCAGCUGUACCUAGAGGAGAGGCGGAAAGCCGACGUGAGGAAGGCAGACUUACGAAGAACUCCAGCAUCCGAGCCCAGCUCUCACAGUCAGGAAUCUUCCGUUCACACCCCGGUGUGGCUCGUACAGGCCAUGCUUCUCAACGUCGUCUACGGCCAUAACUGCGGCGAUAAAACAGCCAGCGACAUUGCCUCGACUCACUGUGCCGCCCUGGUCAGCCUGGCCCAGGCUGCCGACCUCCUGCGUCCCAUUCGCGUCGAGUCUAGCGAGACUCAAGAUACUCACAUGCAUGAUGAUGGCACUUGGACCGGUCUCAGGUCGGACACCGAGGAGCACGCCGAAUGGAUUCAGUGGAAGACCAUGGAAGAGCGCAAGCGCACACUCUACGUCGUCUUCAUCCUCUCCAGCCUGUUGGUUGCGGCUUACAACCACACCCCUGCGCUCACCAAUUCUGAAGUACUACUCGACUUGCCUUGCGACGAGGACUUCUUUUCCGCCGAGAGCAGCACUGCCUUCGCAGCCAAGGGCGGCGUCCGCGCAGCCAACCACAACCGCAUGACUUUCCAUGAGGCUCUAGGGGAGCUGCUCAGGACAAAUGAGAAACAGCAAAAGCAGCUCGCGUUCAACAACGCACAACAAGGAUUUGGGCCUACAGGCACUGUGAACGACCUCCCCAAGAGCGACCUGAAGCCGUCGACUUUUGGUUGUCUGAUUCUGAUCAACGCACUGCACAACUACAUCUGGGAAACUCGACAGCGUCACCACAACAAGGUGUGGACCAACGAGGAAACAGAAAAGAUGCAUCGUCACAUCGAACCAGCAUUGAAGGCCUGGCAAGCUGCGUGGGCGAGCAACCCGAACCACAGCCUGGAGAGACCGAAUCCGUUUGGCCUGGGCCCGCUUUCAGCUGAUGCGAUUCCACUGCUUGACCUCGCUUACGUGCGACUCUUCGUGAAUCUUGCCCGCUCCAAGGAGAAGUUCUGGCAACGCGACUGGGACGCCAUGGCGGAAGAGCUCUCUCGCGGCAGCGAAAUCAUCCAGCACGCCGAGCACUCCCCUGCAUCCAACGCGGAAUCAAAUGGCACAGACCCUUCCGACAACUCGGUGUCGAGCUCGGUAUUUGCAGAGUCUCCGGCAACCCAAUCCUCAUCUCCGGAGUUCUCCUCGGCGAAGUUCCCGCCUCCGACCCAGACAGCCUCGCAACUCGCAAAUCGCUCCACUUCACGCAGGGAGAAACACCUUCGGAAGGCCGCUUUUUACGCCGCCGAUUCUCUUGCCAUGUCCGACAAGCUCGGAGUAACUUUCGCCGACUUCUCUAGCCGAGAACUUCCCCUUCAGUCCGCGAUGUGUGCGUUCGAUUGUGCUCAGGUUUUGGCCGAAUGGGUUGCGACGUUACAAGACCGGGUUGGACGAUACUUGGGAAUUCUCGGUCAGGACGAUGUCGAUUUGUCACAGGUUCCUGCCAUUAUGCUCUUGGAAGAUGAGGAUGUCAAGCUGUUGGGGAAGGUGCAGGAAGUUUUGGCGUCAGCUGAGCUGAAAAUGAACUUUGAGUUCGUUCCUGGCAGCAUUGCUGGGGUGGAUGCCAGAUUGCAGAUGGAAGACCACACGGGCUAUGCGGCGAAGAUUCUACGGGUCACGGCUUACAUGCUUGAUAAAGCUGCUGUGUGGCCAGUUACUCAUCUCAUGGCCCGAUGCCUCGAGACUCACGCCACUCACAUGCGAGCCCGAGCCGAAAAGUCCAUCAUUGCUUGCGAGUAA